AGGAGGAGGAGGAUAAGGGAGGAGGAGGAGGAGGAGGAGGAGGGAAGGAGAGGAGGGGGAGGGAAAAAAAAAUAAUAAUAAAAGCAACGGCAACACAAAAAGCGAGCCCGGGGCGCCGGCAGUAAGAGCCCCCCCCCCUCCCCUCCCAGCCCCCCCAUUAACGCCGGGGCUAGAUGAACUACAAAUGAGAAAGAGGAAAAGAUGGAACUGCACAUCCUAGAGCACAGGCUCCGGGUGGCCAGCAUAGCCAAGGAGAGCAUCCAGCUCUUCACCUACGGAUUGAUCAAACUUGCCUUCCUCUCCUCCAAGACCAGGUGCAAGUUCUUCAGCCUCACGGAAACCCCAGAGGACUACACCAUCAUUGUGGAUGAAGAGGGCUUCCUAGAGCUCCCAUCCUCAGAACACUUGAGCGUGGCCGAUGCGACAUGGCUUGCCCUCAACGUGGUGUCCGGUGGAGGUGGCUUCUCUGGCUCCCAGCCCAUUGGUGUGACCAAAAUUGCCAAGUCAGUAAUAGCACCACUAGCUGACCAAAACAUCUCAGUGUUCAUGCUCUCCACCUAUCAGACGGACUUCAUCCUGGUACGUGAGCGAGACCUGCCCUUCGUGAUGCACACGCUGGCUGCUGAGUUCACCAUCCUCAGAGUAGUGAACGGGGAGACAGUGGCUGCCGAUGACCUUGGGAUAACAAAUGGAUUUGUCAAACCAAAACUGGUUCAGAGGCCUGUCAUUCAUCCCCUUUCCAGUCCGAGUAAUAUGUUCUGCGUCACCAGCCUGGAUCCAGAUACCCUUCCCACUGUUGCUACACUCCUAAUGGAUGUCAUGUUUUACUCCAAUGGAGUAAAAGACUCGGUGGUCGGCAACGAAGACUCGGGACACAUUCGCUUUUUCUCCUUUUCUCUCAUUGAGGGUUACAUCUCCUUGGUCAUGGAUGUCCAGACACAGCAGAGAUUUCCUAAUAAUUUGUUGUUUACAAGUGCAUCUGGCGAACUCUGGAAGAUGGUGCGGAUUGGUGGGCAGCCUCUUGGCUUCGAUGAAUGUGGAAUUGUCGCUCAGAUUUCUGAGCCUUUGGCCGCAGCUGACAUCCCAGCCUACUACAUCAGUACUUUUAAGUUUGAUCACGCGUUGGUACCUGAAGAAAAUAUAAACGGUGUGGUCAAUGCACUCCAAGUCAGUCAAGCUGAAAAGCAUUAGAAAUCUUCUGAGCUGGUUCCAGAUGCUUUUUAUUAUUAUAAUUAUUAUUAUUAUUAUUAUUAUUCUUUUUUUCUCACAGUAUUUCUUGAAAAAAAUCUGAUUCCAGAGAGUGACAUGAAAAGAGACUGUGGAAAGUUGAGCAGAAACAGCUCCAAUUAGCCUUUGUUUUAAUUAUUAUUAUUAUUAUUAUUAUUAUUGUUAUUUUAUUAAAUUUCUUUAUGAAUGAGGGGCAGGAGGAAAGGGAGUUCAGAUGGUUUCCUGAGGCCCAGCCCCGAGGCGAAGGGCGACCUUUGGCGGUGUGGAAGGAGCUCCCCGGGGACACCGGUGUCUCCCCGAAGUGCGGCGGCACGGCCCUGGGCGCUCUGCCAAGGGCUUGGUGGCACGGCCGGAGCAGAGGGGCCAUAAACACUACGAAAUGUGGAAUUAAAUGGAAAAGACGUCGCAUAGUGCUGGCUUGUCUCCUCGCAUCAGCCUUUCUCUGAGGACCGUCCGUCAGUUGCGUAUGUUGAGAUAGGAUGGGGAGUGGGUUCUGUUUCCCCUGACAAAACUCUUUGGCGUUGGAAAAGGGGGGAGCAUCCCAUUGUCUGAGUUGUCCCCUGCCUUCCUUUCUCCCCGCAAUCAAAGCCUGGCUGCCUGGAGAAAGCCCGGGGUGGACGUGUUGCUCUGGCCUGCCUCCCAGGUGGUGCCACCACCACUUUGUCUGCUUCAAAACCCGGCCGUUUCAGUUCAGUUUUCCCCAGCCACCCUCGGUGUCCUCCCAGUGUGUCCCCUGUGCGGGGGCAGCCGUUGUCCCUUCACCCCACGUCACAGCAGUCCCCUUUUCCCCCAGGGCCAGAAGAGGAGGAGGGAGGCUUCUCUUCUCACAUCCCCUCUGUUCCUUUCCCAUCCUAUUUUUGGACAUUAAUUGGGGGCAUGAAGCAUUGCCCAGGGCCCCUCAGUAGCUGCUUCUCCCCUACCCUGCACAGCCUGGGCCGUCUUGUCUGAGCCCCACAGCAGGUGGUUGUCCCCUGCAGGGCCAGGAGGGUGCCCAAACCCUGCUGGGACCCUUCGGUGGGUUUUAUCAGCUCCUUCAUCGCCAGGGUGGAAAUCGCUGCUGCCUGGGGACUCGAUUCCCAGGGUCUUUCCAUUGGGUUCAGGCCUUUGAAAGCCUCACGGUGCUGAACACUCCGGAAAAGCAAGGUGUUUUGUCUGGCCCCGCCACAGGCAGGUGACACGGCUCUUCCCCUGGGGCAUGUUUGUGUCUGCCUCAUGUCACAGCUCCCAGGUGGCAGGGCCAAAGCGCUGAGGUGCCACAGGGGACAGCAGGAGAGCAGGAGGCCUUCACCUGCAGGCCUCUGCUUCUGCAGCGAGGAGCCCGAGUAUUUCUUGUGUUCCUGGGCUUCUUCCUGCCUUUGACGUGAAGAAGUAGCAGGUCUCAGAGUUGUAAUGAGGACUUACUGACGAGACAGCCUCUAGCAUGGAUUUCGUGAGGCUGCGUCUCGCAGGGUUUUGCAUGAAGCUGCAGGCAGUGCGCAAGCUCUUGGGAUCGCGCCGUGGGCAUGGAUUGUGUUGGUGUGUAGGACAUGCAGCCGGGUUUAUAGCGGGGUGCAGGACAUGCAGGCACUCACACUGAUGUACGGCUCGCUGGUUAGUUCUCCUUUCAUGGCACUGGAGGGCUGAGAUAAAUUUGAGUUAUAUUUGUGCUUUCUGGUGCUGCUGGACCCAGACAUUGAGCUUCAAAUCUCUUUGUUUCCCGAUCAGUGGGGUGUUGUGUGGCAGCUGGGCAGGGAAUCGGAGCAUCCACAAACAAAAUCAUGGGUAACUUUUAUUUCUAGGCCCCAACUACAUUAAAGCAUCCUGGAGCACUUGGGCACACGUUUAAUGCUUUACCCAGCGGUGUGUUUCGCUCUUCCUUUACGUGGGUUUUCAGAGUUGCCCUGUGAUACCUGCAGUCACUCCAGAUUUCUGGACUAAAAGAUUAUUCCCGGUGUGGCACCAGGGAUGUUUGCUCACAACGAUGCUUCGGUUUCCUGCCACGUGCCGUGAGGAUGCUGGCACAGGCCGUGCGGUGCAAUAGUAGAAAAAUGACAAAGCGAAACAGAGAUGUUUUAGCUGAGUCUCUGUGGCGUUGGCAGCCGUGAGCUGAGCUGAAGGUUGCGGCAGGGUGCUCGGGAGCUUUUCACCACAUGAAGCGUUGACGGGUUUCUCUGUGGGGUGGCAAGUUGGGGUGUUUGUGGGGCCAUUCUGGAGAUGGAAGCCAGCACAGCGCGCUGCUUGCCACCAGAGCUUCUGGUCAGCUGAGUCGAGCCUGAGCUUUCCCUGCAGUGCAAGGGCAGUGCCAAGGGGACAGGUCCUGUGCACAGUCCUGGGCUCCACCGGCCACUGACAAAAUGGGCAUUUGGCCCCGUUGUGCAUCAGAGGGCAGCGUGCGUUGGCCUCCCCGUGUGCCAGUGCCGCUUGCUGAGGGCCGCGACGUUAACACUAAGGGAUUACUUGAAAUGAGCAGCAGCUUUACUGAGCCUUAAGAGAAAGCAAAAAAAAAAAAAAAAGUUAGUUUUUAUUUUAUUGUAUUAUUUUUUAAAUUUUGCACUCAGGCUAUUCUAGAGGGUGUUUUUUAUUCAUUUACAUUUUCCUCUUCUUUCCCUGAGGGAGUCGGCCUUAAGUCUGUGAAAUCUGUGGAUGUCUCCGGGGCGCUUCAGAGCGUCACAAAGCAGGUUGAUGUCCCGCCCGGACAAUGUCACAAGGUGGAAAACCCCUCGGGGGCCUUCCUGUGUCCACCAUCAUCCUCGGACUCACAUUUUUAUUUCCUCUUUCUGUCUUGACAACCAAGUGGAUGGUUCCAGGCGACGAGGGGCAGUUCCUUCUGGUGCUCCCUGCCUCGCUGCGGUGCUGGGAACGGGGCUGACCCUGCGUGUGGUUCAGAUCAGCACCAGCUUGGGAUCUGGUGUUACUUGUGAGAGCAUCGAUACGAGGCUAAGGCAAGACGGGGGCUGUGGGGGCUUUGUUAAAAAAAUAACAAUAAUAUCACACAUAAUGAGCACACUUAAUGAGCUCAAAGCAGUGGCUCUUGAAGCUGCCUGACAGCUCCUCCUCGCCAGCACUUUGGGGUGGGGGAAAAUGGAAGGGUCUUUUUGUUUUGUAAUGCCUUACGAUACUCACGUCUCUGCGCAUCCCUGGCAUUGUGCUGGUUCUUUGCCACUCUGGAUAAAAGGAGGAAAACAUCCCUGUGGCACAGAGUACGGCUGGGAGUGGUGGCACUGAAAACCAAGGUUAGGUGCCAGCUGCCCACGCUGUGUCCAAGCCUCCGCGCUCAUCUUCUUGGCGUUUUCUCUCUUUACGGCCGCGGUUGCUGCUGAUCAGGGACCCCUCAGCCCUGCAGGACCCCCCCUGUGCCCCCGGGGUUCCUCUCGGUGCACAAAACUUCACCAAACGGCGCAAUGCAAAGAGCGUUUCCAGCCCUGCAAGGAGGGGUGGGCAGGGGAGGAGGAAGCAGCCCUCGCUCACCCUCCUUGCUUCUCCGAGGCCUUCGUUUCUUAGCAAUUGAAACUUUUCUCAUGCUGUGUGUUACUGCCUGGGGUUUUUUGUCUUUCUCCGCACGGUUAGAUUUUGGCUGCAAGUUCCUUUCUACUGUGCAAGAGUGCGCGUAUGUUCAUAGAGCAGUGUAUAGUGUUUCUGUAGGAAUAGUAUGUCCCCGUUGUACACAUGUAGAAAUGCCCGUGUUUUCUGUUUGUAUGGCUGUAUACUGUACAUAGCAUAUAUACUUGAGCAAUAUAGGUUAAUAUAUACCGCGUGAGUACCCGUGUGUGUGCUCCGGGCACAGGCAGUAAGUGCCGCACACACACAUUUACUCACCAUAUAUUUUUAAUUCAAGUAUAUAGGCAAUACGAAUACUUAGUUAUACUCUGGAUUUCUUGACACGUUUCUAGCAAAGAAACGGAGCAGAGCUGCGGCUCCUCCGCUUGCUGUGGGCAGGCAGAGCCCAACCCCAGUGCGCAGCGCGGUGCAGCCGCAGCGCCGGGCUUCCCUGCCUGCCUCGGAAACACCCUGCUCCUCUUCAGUUCGGUGCCUCAAGCACAAAGACUUUAGAAAAAAAUGCUCCUUUUUCAUUUUUAGUUGCUGUCCUGAAUGCUUCAGCGUCUCCGUGCGGGGCUGCCUGUGUAGGUCCCUGGCUGAUCGGGGGUUUCUGUUUUCAUCUAGAGGGCAGUUUGGGCAGAGGAGGUGCGGGUUUUGGUGGGUUGGUGGCCUGAAGGCAACCCACGGCCACUGCGGAUGUCUGGUAUUUAUUGGGUAGCUUGUGUUUGUUGACCUGAGGAGCUUUAAAUCGGUGGGUUAUUAACGCAGUGGGUUACUUUUAAAUAGAUGGACGUGGAGGAGGGUUUUAUCCCGUUACGAGUGACAGAGGCUGCCUGAACUCGGUAACUGGAAACGCGUGGGCUUUGCAUCUCGUCAUCAGACUUCCCUGCUGGCCAGGAGGGCGUUUGGAAGGCUCUGGGUGGGAAAAGGCUCUCACCCCAACCCCUGUCCCGCAGUCACACUGCACCAAAUGCUGCCUGGCCACUCGCCCUUCGGCUCCUCCAAGUCCCAUAACUGCACCCGUCAGCAGCCUCGUGCAGCUUUCUGCCUCUUCUUGGACACUGGAGUCAGUUUGGUUUGCAGGUGACGGAAGUUUCUGAAGCGUGGUGCUCUUAGUGGCGUGCGAUAAUCCUUGCAUAGGAGCCCUUAGCAGAAGCAUUUGGAUUUGGCUGGAGCCGACUGUGGCUCCUGCAGUGGGUGACGUUAGUACUGGGACUGACUCGCUGGGAACGCCGUUUGUAGUGGGCAUUCAUGGUGUAAACGCCGCGCUGCUGCUUCCAGGCUGGCUUUGGACUCCAGGCUCAGCGUUACCAACAUGGCACGGGUGGGGAAUGCUGCUGAGGGGGGAGAUGAACUGACCCUGGGCCCUAACACAGACCUGUCGGUGUCGGACCCUUUCCCGUUACUCUCCUGCCUGCCCUGGGGCCACCUUCUUGGUCCGUGCUGACCCACAGCAGCCCCGGGGGCAUUUCCCUGUGGGAGGAAGGGAGGGGACGGCUGGGGCACCGGCUGGUGCGAAGGGCAUUUGUCAUUUCCUUUGGACUUGAGCAAAUAUGAAGGUAUGUGGUUUCGCUCAUUUGUCGUGAGCACAAAACCAUUUCUGUUCUUUCUCCAAUUUGACCCAAGCAGAGCUCCUCUCCCUGCCCAGCUCCCCUCUCAUUCCCCGGGGACACCUUUGUCCCAGUCCCAGCUGUGGUGCCAGGGCCCCUCCCAAAGCCCCGGUCCUCAGAAAUCCUCCGAUGUGCAGCUUCUGCCCUGGGGAGAGCCUCCGCGGGUCUCCGCGUGCUCGGAGGCAGCAGGUCCUUGGAGAAGGAUGCCAGGUCCCGUGUCGGUGCUCCUCUGGCACUGCUUCAAUGCGAGCAGCUCCUGCCCUGUCGCUGGGUGAGCGCCGGUUUCUGGUGGUGACACGGGAGGAGCCCAAGCCUGAGCAGCAGCUGCCAGCUCCUGAGCAGAAGUGUCUUGCUGCAGCAUUCGGUGAUGGACAAGAAAUCGUUUCCUGGUGGGGAUUUCUUUUCUUUCUGUUAUUACUGCUGCUGUGGACAUCUCCAGUAAGCAGCUUAAGGCAUCUCACUUACCUGGUCCCGUCCUGACUGCAAAUGCUGGACUGGAUUAAACUUUUAUUACCUGCUAGAGAGUAAAACCCAGGAAGCCUUUUGCCAAAUAGUAUUUACGUCGUACCGCGCGUGCUGGGGUGUGUUUACAUUGGCCGAGAUGUGCAGAUCUGCCUCGCAGAUUGAGAUACCUCCUCCCCACACACUCAUCCGUCUGUCUGUCCAUCCCCCUGUGGGCUGCCCGUGUCGGGGCCAGCGAUACCCCGUGGGCUUCGUGGGGGCAGAGCCCAGGUGGAAAUGCUCGGGGUGCUUCACCCAGCACGGGCUGUGGGACCUCGACCGUGAAUCCUGAGUCCCUCUGCUGCCUUCAGGCCCUUUCCAUCCCCCUGCCUCCUUCUUCACUUAAUCUUCAUUAAGCACAACUCGGUUUAAAUACCAGCUCUAAUUAGCACAGGGGAAGAGAAGUGUUUGCAAUACAGCACAAGCACUGGAGGCUGCUCACGCUGCUGCAGCUGCCCCUGCAGAAGCUCUGGUGAACGUGGAGCAAUGCACAGACCCUGUUUUUGGCAGGGGAAAUAAAUGAAGUAUGUAUCAAGCAAAGUGUAUUAUAAUUUUAGGGUGUGAAUGUGCAGGGAAACAUACCUCUUUGGAACACAUAUAGCCAAGAAGUCCCGCUCUUGGUCUCUCUAGACAGCACCAGCCAUUUCUCCUGCUGGUUGGGAAGCAAACUCCUAUACUGAGGGCUGGGACUGAAGGCUACCUUCAGACCACAGCUCAUAGCCUUCCCUCGCUCUGUCAGCCCCUCUGUUUUGUAAAUAACCUGGGGGUGGGUUUGGGACUGGGGAUGGAUCAGCACAGCAGGGCUGUUGGUUUGAGAGCCGUGGGGUGCUGCAGGUCCCUCUCCAGUAGCUGUGCCAGCGUCCGCCCCACCCUGAUGCCAAAAAGUGGCUCCGUUCCUCCUUCAUUUUGGGGCUCGAUUGGAUUUUUCCCCUUGUUGCAGAUGUGGUAGAGGUGAUGGUGCUUGCAUGGCGCAUUUGGGAGGGAUUUGGAGUCGGGGCCCUGCUGCCCCCACCUCCCUGCUGCCAUCUCAGCGCCUGGACCCUCCUGCGACGGCAGUACUAAGCCUUUUCUUUCCCCCAAAGGAUUCCUACCAGCUCUUUUGUAACUUGAAAAAACGUAGUUUUCCGAGUACCCUGCCCUUUGUGGGAAUGCUGCUGCUGUCCCAGCGUGGCUGCCGGCAGCACGAGGGCUCCGCUGGUGGGAGAAGCUGGGGAGCGUUCGCCGUGCGGAGCCAAAGGAAGAGGCGGGGAGCUGUGUGCUUGGGACCUAGGGGAAAAACCCCACUGCCCUUCAUUAUUUCUUGUAAUUAGUUUUGAUGCCUGGCUUGUGAUUGUUUUUGAAUUGUUCAGAUCAGCAAAGUGACCCAGUGGGUUUUGCUACGGCUGCAGGGCUGCUGGGGGCAGGACGCCUGGGAGGUGUCGGGGGGAACAAGCGGUUCUGCUCCUUUCGGUCAGUCCUGGUGCUGGAGAACCCGCUGGGGUUUGAACAGCUCCUUUAGGGUGCGAACCUCAGCGGUUUCCCUCCUGGGGCAGCGUGCUGCUGAGUCCAGCCCUGGUCCCCAUUUGUAAACCCCAAAACCUCGCUGCUGCUGACACCCCGGUGCUGGCCCCGUGGCUGCGGGCAGUGGGGCUGUGAGGAUGGCGUUUCGUGGGGGUGGGACAGGCGAGGGGUGGCCUGGCAGGGACCUGCAGCAGGGCCCUGAUGUGGAUGCCCUGUCUGAGCCUCUGGACGAGCUGUCUCCCUCCACCUCCACUAGCUACACACCCGCCUGUUCUCCCGGUGUUUUUUUUUCCCACUAAACCCAGGGGGUGCAAUGCCCUUGCUUGGUCCUGUCGCUUGUCUCCUGCUCUUAGGGCACCGUAAUGCACCUGAGGGGUUAAUUUGGGGGAUGGCGUUGAAUGGAGGAACCCGAUCAUCCCCAUCCGUACUUAGGGACAGAUUUUGGGUUGGUUCCUGGGGCUGACAGGCACUGUGUUGUCAGCCCUGGGGUAAUUCUGGGCUCACGCUGCAGCUGCACUGCACGGGGCAGUGUCACACCGUGUGGGUGCGGGUCAGCAGCCGGAGGGCACCGCCACCCCCUUGGUGUCUCACCUGGCUUCAGUAGCAGCUCGGCAUCUCCCUCCCCCUUCUUUUGGACUUGAGAAGCAGCCUGGAUUUUCCCCAAACGCCCAGGAUUGCCCGUAGUCAUAGCAGUGCCCCAGAUUUCCAGCAAGCAGAGGGGCUCCUGGUGCAGCAUCUUCCCAGCGUCACCCAGGGUCUUGCCCCUGGCUGCUCCGGGUGGCCCAGCGGGGCAGCCCAGGGGCACACAGACCUUGGGGACCUUAAAGCCCCUUGUUUAGGUACCGCUGUCUCUGUAAAGUGAGUGAGAUCCCGCUGCUGACCCCCUGACACCCACCUGCCUGGCAGAGGCUGGGCUGGGGACAGGGGCACCCUCAGCACCCCGACCUCCCGCAGCCCCGCUCGGGACCCUUCAUUUGGGGGAGUACAAAAAAAAAAAAAAAAAGCAUUUUUAUUUUUUCCCCCCUUUAACUACCAGACUGAUGCAAACCAAGGCAGGGGCUCACCCUGAGCUGUGGGGGGGCUGCUGGCACUGGGGAGGCUGUGGGGCUACGAGGUGCAGGUGGCCCUGAUACGGUGACACUUUCAAGCCCACUGCUGCCCAAGGGGCCCGGGCUGCAGCCAGCACAGUGCCCCGGGCGCGAUGCGUGGAGCUGAGAAGUGGAGGCUUUGCUUUCCCAGCGAGUGCACACGCUUCUUUUCUUUGCUGGUCUUACGCUGAAAAGCUGAGAUUUAUGUACUGUAUGGGGAAAAAAAACAAAACAAAACAAAAACACACAAAACAUACACAGAAAAAAAAAGAAAAAAAAAAAACUAAUGUUCCAAAACAAAUGACAGUAUAUUUUGUACUUUGUAAAGUGUUAAUUAAAAUGAAAAAGAAAAAAAAAUGAAACAUACGCUGUCUGCUUUUGUACUGAUCAAACUGAUGAAAAUAAAGCAGAGCUUGGCAUUGUCUUUAUAA